ACACAAACAUUUGUUGUGUGGCUGUAUGCCGCGCCGCCUGUGCCUCGGGACAAUACUACGAAACUUUGCGCGCCAAUUUUGACAGCUAUGGAAGUUUGUUUUUAGUUUUGUAUUUCGUGUUUAUAAAUUGUGAAAGUUUUGGGAAAACAGCAUUAGCCAUGGGGUCGGGAGCAUCAGGCUUGGCAACCGAAACACCAGGAGGUGACCUACGCCUGCCAGCCUCAGGGUUGCGGUUCUCGCACAACCAACUUCGUGUGCUGAACUCCUAUGUGGACAAUCUUUGGGAGGAGGAUCAGACAGGAAGAAUAUCUACAGAGUUGGAGAGCGCAGUAGAGAGCCUGGUGCAAAGAAUAGUGGAUGGCGCUGGACAGAGAGACCCGAGGUUCAGAUGCAGUCAUCUCAUAGCGCUACAUAGAGGGAAGAAGAUGCGGUCCCGUUCUCUGGAAUACCUGAUAACGCUGGACUCUCUUCCUCCCCUGAACUCUGGCGAUGACUGUCGCCUGCAAGACGGGCCAGUAGGCUACGGGAGAAUACGACUCACUGGGAAGGAGGCUGACAAGUGGGAGGAGUUUCUUAACCCUUCGGGAUAUUUGUGCAGAGACAAAAUAGUGGAGCGCUGGGUGGAGCUGAUCGCGCGCUGCACCGGUGCACGCGGCGGCGGCGGCUCGCGCGUGCUCUCUGCUCGUGCCGGACCCAGAGCCAAGCCCUACCGACACUGCUAUCUGCAGAGAGGUGCCUCUCUCCUCUCAACUCCUGACCGUCGCCUCGCCAUCGUCGAAGGGGCAGCCUGGGUGAUGGUGCGCGUCGGAGCUGGUGAAGCUGAAGCCAAGCUGAUGUUAGGAGCCAGGGUCGAAGGUUGCAGUGCUGCUGCGUACACCAGCAGAGUGCCUCUCACUCAUCCACUGGCGUUGUUGCAUUAUACCAGUGCUCAGGGGGAUUACUACGCUGCAGCAGUAGGUCCACCAUCUACUCUAGUCUGUGGUGAUCGCUCAUCAACCUGGCAGUUAUGGAAUCCCUCGUUAGAAGCAGAGUUAGACGCCCAUUGUUCUGACCUAUCCACCGUCGCCAGGAUCGCAGGGGCCUUGAAUGUGCUGAUAGACAAGAUGAGAGAAGGAACUUAUCAGGGCACGCUACGAGUGUUAAGCCGCUACGCCGCUAGCAGCGCGCUACGGCGUAGGCUGGACCGCUGCGGUGCCUACGCGCAUUCGGCAGCGCGCUGCUGUGUAGCCGCUCAUGCUUCACAUCAUCUGUUGUUGGUGCUUGAUUCGUUAUACGCCCUAUGUGAUCGUGGCGGUCCUGCCGGCUACGUGUUCCCAGUAGCUCGCGGGUCACUGGUGCGGCGAGGGGCGCGGGACGCCGACUGGGCAGGAGAUGCUGCUUGCAUCAAAGCCUGUCUAUUGCAGAUGCAUCACGUUGCUGGUGAAGACAUUCCACCAUCCCCAUCAGAGUGCCUAGAAACAGCUCUUCUAAGCCGCUGGGAGAGCCUGAACAGGUCGGCUCGCGUGUCGGCAGGCUCCACUCCGACGUACUCGCGCCGACAGCUGCGCUACCUGUGGAGGCUCGCCAGCGAACUGCUGCACUGCAAGACUAUGGUGACGUGUGAAAACCACAGCACAUUCAGAGCUAACCUCAUCCAGGUUACAUCAUUAGACCAGGAACCUAUUGAGGAUCUGAUCCAUGUGUUAGCGAUCAUGUUGGACCAGGCUCGGGACCUGUACCUGAACAACUUCCACUCCAGGAAUGUGGGGGAGUUUGAUAGAGAGCUGUCAGCGUACAGGUCAAAAAAAUGGAACAAACUAAAGGACUACUACGACGCAUCAUCAGCUUGUCUGAUAGACGCCGUUCGACGAGACCCCGACCUUCGGCGCGAAGACUUGACAGACCAGACGACUGUCAUGAAAAACAUCUUGAACUGGCUUUAUAAAGGAGCUAAAGACGACAAGAAGUACUUAGGACCAGUGCUAAAGCCUUACCUUGAAGGUCUUUUCACCAGUUCUUUGGAGAACUCCUGGUUUUUGGAAGAUUUUGAUGGGAAUAAGUGUUUGAAAGAGUAUGAUGGGUUGGCGGAGUACUGUCUUGGUGUUCAUGAUGGGUCUUUGGAGCCGUGCAUGGGGUUGCUCGAUGCGGCUAAGAAGUUUGCAUGGGCUAAAGCCAUGGUGGAUUUUGUGGACCGAUUUCGGCAUAUAGAUUUCCGCCUAGUCUUCCCCACCGGAGAAGGCAUGGCAAUCUCCUACCCUGUAAAGCUACCAUCACGCCGCGAGCACAGUUCUGCCCGUACCCUCACGCUUAGUCGCCGUGAUAAGGCGGAGGCGAAGUUGAGGCUUGCGAAGAGAUGUGUGCUGGGAGCUUUCGCGACGGGUCUGGUGGGGGAUAGGAGGCAUAAACAGAAACCAAUAUCCCGUCACGAAAGUAGUGACGAGAUCCUCGCAAACGUCAAAACUGGUAACUACUGGAGGACCACAAAACCAGACAUCAUACCUUCCUCCUCCAUCCAGGAUAUAUCCAGAGACACUCUGGAUAGCCUACCCAGGGUUAGAAGACGGUCUCGUAGACACCGACCAGCUACUUCCUACGGUUUUCCAGAAAUUUCCAUCUCAGACCAUGCGGAUACAAAGACCAUGAGACGAAAGUAUCAUACACUGAAGAGCUUGGUGUAUACGGAGCCGGUAGAAAGUAUUCGAGAGAUGAGAGAAAGACCAAGGUCUGCUGGGUCUACUGUCAAGAAUAAGGAGGCGCUGAGUAGACCGAGUAUCCUGGAGACGUUGGACUUUAUUAACAGCGUGAAGAGUGCUUUGUGUGUGGAAGAAUCAGGAGCAUCAGACGCAGAAGACUCGGCAUGGUCUUUGGAAGACGAGUGGCUGGUGGGACAAUGUGCCCCGCUGAACCUGAUCGCGGGCCGCUGCGGACACGCGCUGCAGCUGGCUCUCGGAGACCUGCCGCUAGCACUGCUGCACCGAGGGAGGUUUACUAUCCUACAAGAGCUGUGUUCAUUUUUGGGGGAUGCGGGAGAGGGAGCACUGUUUGCGCUGCAUCGACUGGCCAGGGCUGCUCGAUCCAGGAGUAGUGAAAGAGCUACUAGUGCAUGGCGUCUCCCAGAAGCUGAGGGUGCAACCACAGAGGCUCCGCAGAAGUACAGACCACGACACCCGGACUAUGUGUCUGGGGAUGAAGCACCGCCCCCACCACCUCCGCUGCCCAGAAAUUCUAGUAUUGGUAGACAGGUAUCCCGCUACUCAGACUACCUCCCCCCAAGCCGGCUUCAACUAGAGCCCACCAUCACCCAACUGACCCCCUCGACCCCCUCGACACCCCCUUAUACCGGCAUCAUCAACCCCAUAUACGACAUUAAAAUGCCCCGCGACAAAUUCGUGGUCAAAAGAUCCAAAUCCCUAGGCCGAAGUUUCAGUUCUAAAAACCUAGGUAUAGAAAUAAACAGGUAUAAUAUAACUUUAGGUCAUAAAAGUGGUAAGAAGACCAAUGAUGUAGUGACUGCAAUUACUGGUAUGACAGGGGAAACUGGUUUGGAGACGAAAGGACACUUCUUCCAAAGGUAUAGUACUGCUGAAGUGGUUGGAGAUUCUUAUCGGCUUAGUAGGGUUACUAUUGAUUAAUUUUCUGUAAAGAAAAGGACCAAAGACCAGAAAAACUACGGGUAUAAAGAUGAUUUCGAAAGCAGACUGGUGCAAGAAGAAAAAAAAAGAAGGAAUUAACAUAAUACAUUGAGUAAAGAUCCUUAUUGUGAUAAGUAUUUAUGUAUAUUGAAUAUGUAUUAGGUAUUUUACUUAAUUUCAAAUAUAAGAUUAUUAUAACAAAGAAGGAAUUGAUUAUUUACAAAAAUAAGAAGUAGAUUAGAGUUUUAUUGUCGCAUACUGCAUUUGUUAAAAUAUUGUGAUUAUGGUUAAAGUUAUGACAUUUUAUUAAAGUAUCAUGUUGAAGAAAAAUUGUAUGAGAAAGAGCAAUUUAUGGCCGUGAAAUAACACAAAAUAAGAAGCACCA